AUGUCUGCCCUCCCUGCCGGCACCCCGCCCCAGAAGCUCGCAUGCGACCCGCCCUUCAGGCACGGUCACGUCGGAAGCUUCCUGCGCCCCAAGGCGGUGCACGAUGCGCGCGCCGCCUUCGCCAAGGGCGACAUCACCGCCGCCGAGCUGCGCAGCGUCGAAGACGCCGAGAUCAAGACGCACGUGCAGCAGCUCCUCGACCACGGCAUCCGCGACAUCACCGACGGCGAGUUCCGCCGCGAGUACUUCCACCUCGACUUUCUCAAGCACCUCGAGGGCGUUACCAUCACCAAAAACACCCUCGAGCAAAAAGAGGGCCGCGUUCCCCCCACCCUCUCGGUGACGGGCAAGAUCCGCCACCCAAAGGACAGCAUCGAGGUGCGCAACUUUGAGUACCUCAAGUCGCUCGUCCCCGCCGACAAGCACGGGCAGAUCAAGAUCACCAUCCCUUCGCCCACCAUGUGCCACUUCCGCGGCGGACGCGCCGCCAUCUCCACCGAGGCCUACCCGGACCUCGAGGACUUCUUCUCGGACCUCGCCGCCGCCUACCGCCACGAGAUUGACGCCCUCUACGCCGCCGGGUGCAGGUACGUCCAGCUGGACGACACCAACCUCGCCUACCUCACCGACGACGCCAUGCGCCGCGGCGCCCAGGAGCGCGGCGAGGACCUCGACAAGCUGCCGCACGACUACGCCCGCCUCAUCAACGCCUCGCUCGCCUCCAAGCCGCGCGACAUGUGCGCCGCCAUCCACCUGUGCAAGGGCAACUUCCGAUCCCAGUUCUUUGCCCAGGGCUCCGAGCAGGGCUACAACCCCAUCGCCCAGGUCCUGUUCCAGAACCUCAACGUCGACGCCUUUUUCCUCGAGUGGGAAAACGAACGCUCCGGCAAGGACUUUUCGGCGCUCCGACACCUCCCCGAUACCAAGACGGUCGUACUCGGCCUCGUCUCUUCCAAGCUGGCCCAGCUCGAGGACAAGCAGACCCUCAUUGACAAGAUCAACGAUGCCGCCCAGUUCGUGCCCCUCGGCACGCGCCAGCUCGCCAUCAGCCCGCAGUGCGGCUUCUCGUCGACCGUCCACGGAAACGAAAUCACCCACGACGACCAGUUCCGCAAACUCGCCCUCUGCGCCGACGUCGCCGAGGCCGUGUGGGGCGCAAAGUAA